AUGUCUAACUACCUGUCCUACUAAAAAUUCUUCAAAAAUACAAUAAAUAAUACAUGUUAGCCUUGUCAUAAUUCUUGUAUGGAGUGUUUCGGUUCUUAAUAUGAUAAAUGUAUUUCAUGUGAUUUAGGUUUUUUUAAACUUGACUAACAAUGUUUGAUCAAUGUCCUUCUGAAAAAUAUUACUAAGAUACUAUAAAUAAUCAAUGCUUACCUUGUCAUUCUUCCUGCUUUCUUGCAAUGGUCCUUUAGAAACAAUUGCACAAGAUGCUCAGAAAGGCAAUAUUUAUCAAACAAUACAUGCAUAAAUUGCACAGAUGGAUGUAAUACAUGCUUUUCCGAUAUAUGUAUCCAAUGCAAUACUUAAUUAUAUAAUUUAAACGUAUCAUGUGUUGGGUCUUGUCCCAUAGAUUAUUAUUUUCCCGACUAAGAGACUUUCUAAUGCUCUUAAUGUUAUUUUAAAUGUAAAAGAUGUACAGGAAGUUCAGAUAAAUAAUGUACUGCUUGUUUUUAAAAUACUUAUUUAUAUAAUGGAGAAUGCUUAUCUACAUGUAACGACAUUACUACAUAUAAAAAUAAUGAUGAUAAUACAUGUACAAAAUGCCAUUCUUCCUGUCUUUCAUGUAAUGGUCCUUUAAUUAAUAAUUGCACAUUAUGUCCUUAAUCUUAUUAUUUACAUAAUUCUAUAUGUAUUCAAGCAUGUCCUUCUGGCUUUUUCUCAAAUAAAAACACCUUUUAAUGUAUAGCCUGUCCUUCUGGAUGUUUAUAAUGCACAAGUUACUAAUAAUGUUAAAAAUAAACUUAUUAAUGCCUUUCUUGCUUUCAUGGAUGUUCUAAGUGCUUUGCCCAAGCACAAAAUGAAUGCACUUCUUACCAAACUGAUUUCAUAUGUAAAAAAUGCCCUGAAAACUGCGAACAAUGUACUUCUUUACAAAACUGUGUUUUAUGCAAAAAUGCCGCUUUUUUCUUAUAAAAUUAAACUUGUUUACCCUGCAAUUAUAAAUGUCUUACUUGCACAGGCCCUUUAGAUACUUAAUGCACCUAAUCCACAUGUGAUUAAUGUGAUAUAUCCUGUUAAACUUGUGAAUAAAAUCCAUUCAAAUGUACUUCCUGUCCCCUAUAAAAUCCCUUUUUAUUGGAUAAUGAAUGUCUAAAUUAAUGUCCAUUAAAAGAUGGAUAUUACCAAUAAGGUACUCAGUGUUUAAAAUGCCAUUUCUCAUGUUCUUAGUGUAUAGGCCCUAGUUAAAAUUAAUGCACACUGUGUCCACAAAAUACAUUUUUAUCUACUACAAAUUAAUGCGUUUUUAACUGUCCAUUUGGACAUUUUAAUGAUUCCAAGAAUAAUAUGUGUAUUAUAUGUGAUUCUUAAUGUCUUUCUUGUAUUGAUAAUCCACUUAAUUGUACUGAAUGUCCUAAUAACAGACCUUUUUUAUAUCAAAACACAUGUCUCUUAGAUUGCCCGGAUACCUUUUACAAAGAAAAUACCACAAAAACAUGCAACAAAUGUAGCUCUUUAUGUCUAAAAUGUACUGAAAAUCCAAAAAAAUGUACCUAAUGUCCCAAUAAUCUUUUCUUCAUCCCUUCAUUAAAUGCCUGUGAGUCCUAAUGUCCUCCUGAAAAUUACUACAUAUUAAAUAAUACAUGUUUAAGCUGUCAUAUUUCAUGCAAAAUAUGCAAUGGUCCUUCCCAAAAUGAAUGCUCAUCUUGCUGUAUAAAUUGCGAUUUUUCCUAUUUGUUUUUCCUUUCAUAAUGCGUUUCUGAAUGUCCCAAUUAAAAAUACUACACUGAGGGAAGUACGUGCAAAGAAUGUGAUAUUUCAUGUCUUUCUUGCACAGGUCCUUUAGAAAACUAAUGCCUGACUUGUCCCUAAGGUCGUUUUUUCCUAAAUUCUUAAUGCUUAUUGAAAUGUCCUCUAUUUAAUUUCUAUCCUGAUACAAAAUCUAAUAUUUGUGUUUCUUGUAAUAAAAGAUGUUUAACAUGUGUUGAGGAAAAACCUCUCUAAUGUGCUUCUUAAAACUAAUGUAUUUUUGAAUGCCCUGCUGAACGCUUUUUUUAAAAAAACAAUCAAUGUAUAAAAUGCCAUUUUAAUUGUUUAAAAUGUACCGAAUCUACAGAGUAAAACUGUACAAAAUGUGAAUAAGGAAUGUAUCUUUUCUAAUAAUAAUGCCUAGCUGGAUGUCCUAUUAAAAAUUUCUUUGAAGAUAAACUCAAUGUUUAAUGUAUUCCGUGUAACUCCUUAUGUUUAAGUUGUAGAGCAAACACACCUGAUGAAUGUACUUAAUGUUAUUAGGGAAAAUAUUUAUUAAACAAAGCCUGUGUAGAAAAUUGCCCUUUAAAAUAUUUCAUAGAUUUAAACGAAAUAAUUUGUAGACCCUGCUCAGAAAACUGUAAUAUUUGCUUAUAAUUAAAAAACUGUCAAGAAUGUAUACCUCCAUAUAGACUUUUAAAUGGCCAAUGCAUAAACGAAUGUCCUUAACCUGGUUUUUAUCACAUAACAAAAGAAAAGGGCUAAAUAGAAUGUCUUCCAUGUGACUCUUCAUGUAAAACCUGUAACGGAAGCAAUCAAACUUAAUGCACUUCAUGUGACAAUUAAUCCUUUCUUCUCCUAAAUAAAUGCGUAUAAAAAUGUAAUGUAGGUUAUUUUACUAAUCUAGAAUAACGUACAUGCAUGUAAUGUCCCGAAUUCUGCAUUUUAUGUGAAAGUGAUAUAUAAAACUCUACCCUAAAAUGUACUAAAUGUCAAACAAACUAUUUUUUAAUGAAUAACUUAUGCUCUUCUUCAUGUUCAGAUGGCACAUAUGUUUCACCUACAUAAGCCUUAUGUCUUUCCUGUCAUUCUUCAUGUGCUACAUGUACUGGACCUUUUGAUUACUAAUGUACAUAAUGUCCCAAAGCUUAUUAUUUAUACAAAAAUAGUUGCCUUACUUCUUGUCCUGAAGGUUAUUUUAUAUCCCCUUUAAAAAAAUAAACCUGCGAAAUGUGUGACUAGAAAUGUACGCUAUGUUUCGGUGCAAACGAAAAUAACUGCUUAGCCUGUAAAAACAACUUCUUUUUUUUAAAUUAAAGUUGUCUAUUGACUUGUCCUUCUUCUUAUUUUAAAGACUAAGAAACUUUAACUUGUUAAAAAUGUUCACAAGGCUGUUCUAAAUGCGAAAAUAAUUAAAACACCGCUUGUUUAUCUUGUGAAGCAAACUAUUUUUACCUAAACAAAUAAUGCUUAAUAAAUUGUCCAACUAAAUAUUUUAACGAUAUCUCCACAUAAUAAUGUCUCCCAUGCUUUACCACAUGCUCCUCUUGUACAGGAACUAACAGAAAUCAAUGUUUUAUGUGUGAAAAGGCUUAUUUUUUACAUUAAAGUUAAUGUAUAACCAGUUGUCCUAGUGGAUUUUAUAUAAAUAAUAUGAAACAAACAUGCGACCAAUGUAGUAGAAAAUGCUUUACUUGUAAAAAUUCAUCCGACUUUGACUGUCUUUCAUGUAGUGGAGAAUUAUUUCUUUUCGAAAAUACUUGCCGAGAUUAAUGUCCUGAUCGUUUAUUUGCCAAUGUAUAGACUUAAAAGUGUGAAUAAUGUUCUAAAGGCUGCCUAAAAUGUUUCAAUAUAGAAUCUUUUUCAUGUACAGAGUGUGAAAACGGAUUCUUUUUAUACCAAGGUUCUUGCCUAGAUAAAUGUCCUGAUGGCUAAUAUAUAGACUAAAUUUAAAAAUAAUGCCUUCCGUGUGACUUUUCAUGUCUUACAUGUACAGGUCCAUAAGAAAAUUAGUGUAUUUUUUGUAAAUCAAAUUCCCUAUAUAGACACCCUAUAUCUUAAAAAUGCACUCUUGAUUGCGGAAAAAACUUCUUUCCUGACAUUUCCACAGGUUCCUGCGCACCAUGUGACUCUUCAUGCAAAACAUGCACUUCGAAACACUAUAACUCUUGUCUAUCUUGUCAAAACAAUUUUUUUUUAAUCAACUUCUAAUGCGUUUUUUAAUGUCCUUAAGACCUUGUGGGAGAUACUCAACGAUAAAUUUGCAUAUAAAAGUGUCCAGCUGGUUAUUUUAAAAACACACUCACAAACAUAUGCGAUCCUUGCAAUAAUACCUGUAAAACAUGCUCUAAUAUAUAAACAUGCGAAACAUGCCCUAACUUAUAAUUUCUACUAAAUGGAAAGUGUCUCGAAAAUUGUCCUGAAGGUUUCUAUACAAACCAGCUUACAAGUAUUUGCAUAUAAUGCCAUUUUUCUUGUCUAAACUCAUGUUCGGGUCCUAAUGAUUUUUAAUGCCUGAAUUGCUAAACAGGAACUUUUUUAUAUGAAGGAAAGUGUAACAAAAUAUGUCCUUUGGGAUUUUUCCCUGAUGUUUUGUCAUCUAAAUGUGCCAAUUGUAAUCCUACAUGCCUUUCUUGCGAUGGUUUUUCGGAAAAAAAUUGCCUUUCAUGUUCUCUAUAAUUCUAUUUUUUGGAAAAUUCUUGUUUCAGAAGAUGUCCUCCAACUUUUUAUGAAGAUAUUUAUUAAAAUAAAUGCUUAAAGUGUGCAAAUGGAUGUAGAGCAUGUUUUAAUUCUUAAUCUGUUUCGUGUACUUAAUGCAUGAAUGGAUUUUAUUUAAGAAAUAAUGAAUGUAAUAAAGAAUGUCCAAAUGGUUUUUUCACAAACAAAAUAAAUCUAAUAUGCGAAACUUGUCAUCCUUCUUGUCUUGAAUGUAAUGGCCCUUUCUAUAACAGUUGCUUAUAAUGCAAAGAACCUAAUUUUUUGGAAUAAAAUACAUGCCAAGCUACAUGCUAAGCAGGUUAUUUUCCUUAGAUUUCUACAAAAAAAUGUAUUAAAUGUAAUAUUGAAUGCCUUACAUGCUUUGGAGGUGAAAAAAAUGAAUGUAAUUAGUGCAAAUAAGGUUCUAUUUUAGAAACAAAUCAAUGUAGUGCUUGUCAUUAAAACUGUAAAAAAUGUACAGGACCUUAAUUAUCUGAUUGUUAAUAAUGUACUUAAGGAUUCUUUUUAUAUUGCGAUUCUUCAUGUUUAAAUUGCUCAGGACCUCUACCUAAUCAAUGCUUAAACUGUCCUCCUAACCGAUUUUUCUAUGAUAACCUUUGUGUAAUUACUUGUCUGAACAGCUUUUUCGGAGACACUUAAAAAAGCAAAUGCAUAUCCUGUAAUCAAGAUUGCAAAACAUGUGAUGGGCCAUUAAAUAAUAAUUGUCUUUCUUGCAAUAUGUUUACAUAUCUUUUAAAUAACUAAUGUCUCCUAAACUGCCCUCUUGCUUAUUACAAAAGCGAUGUCUUUUAAUAAUGUAUAAAAUGCGAUCCAAAAUGCUUAACUUGUAAUGGUCGAAGUCCCCAAAGUUGUCUUUCAUGUGAAUAUCCUUUAUUCCUAAUGUACACUGAAUGUGUCUAUAAUUGCCCUUAAAGACGUUUCGGAAACCCUUAAAAUAGAAAAUGUGACCCUUGUCAUCCUGUAUGCUUUAACUGUUUUGGUCAAUCAAAUAAACAAUGCACUUCCUGUGAAAAUGGCCUUUAUUUUUUCUCCUAUUAAUGUCAUUUAGAAUGCCCUAUAGGCUCCUAUUUAAACAUGAUAGAAGAUAAUUGUUUUUCCUGUCACCCAUCUUGUGAAUCAUGUACUGGUCCAAAAUAAAACCAGUGUAGAUCCUGUUAUAUUGAAACUUACCUAAAUCUAAUCACAAAUACAUGUGUAUAAAUAUGUCCUUAAUCCUACUUUGCCCAAAAAGAAACAGGCAAAUGUUCUUUAUGUGACUCCUAAUGUUCUCAAUGUACUCAUUCUUCUAAAAAUUGUACCCAAUGUUCUUAAAACCGAAUAAACACUCCCCAAUGUGAAUGUCCUCCACUAACCGUUUUUGACAGUCAAAAUCCCUUUUGUGAGUCGUGUUUUUACAGGUGUUAAAGGUGUUCGAAAAUCCCUUAUAAUUGCAUAGAAUGUGCUCCUUCAAGGAAUUAAGAUCCUCCGUAAUGUUCAUGUACAGAAGGUACUUUUGACAACGGUUAAACUUCUUAAUGUUAACUUUGCGACUUUAAAUGCUUAACAUGUGUAUAAAUGAAACACUUAUGUUUAAAAUGUCGAGGAGAUCGUAUUACUAACGACUGUGUAUGUCCUAAAGGCAAAUUCGAUGAUUAAAUAAAUUCUUAUUGCUAAGACUGUUCUAUCUAAUGCCAGGAAUGUGAAAGAGAAAACCAAAACUGCAAAAUAUGUCGAGGAAACAGAAUAAAUCCACCCUUUUGUGACUGUCCAAUAGGUUUUUUCGAAGACUAUAAAUCCGUAAAUUGUCCCAAAUGUGCAAACCAAUGUCUCGAAUGUACACUAAGGUCCACUAAUUGUACUAAAUGUAGCACCACAACAGAUAGAAUAGGAGUGCCUUUAUGUUCUUGUCGAGAUGGUUUAUAUGAUGAUGGUAUAAAUCCAAUCUGUAAAAAUUGUCAUUUCCAUUGCAGUACUUGCGAAAGUGAAUUUUAUUGUAGUAAAUGUGCCGGAAAUAGGCUAGGAACAGACAAUGGGAUUUGUAUUUGUCCGUAAAACUCUACUGAUAUGUCCCAUUUAAACACUGCUUUUUGCGCAACUUGCUAAGUAGCGGUUUUAUAAUCUUAUUUAAGUGAUAAUUUGGAAUAAAUAAUAGUUGAUUUUGGUUAAGAAAUAUUCUUUUAGGGAGUAAAUGCUUCUUCGGAUACUUUUAGCAUUGAAAACUGUUUUUAUUUAUUAGAUAUUUCAACUAUAAUAAAAUUAGGUAGAGAUGCCCCUUCAUGUAAACUUACAAAAACUGAAAUAAUAAUAGAACUUUAAAGCAUGUCUAAUAUAUAAAUUGGAGACGAUAUAAUUUUAUUAACCAAUAAAUUUUUAAUGUUUUCUUCUUGUAAUUAAAAUGGUGGCAAUACUUCCCAGUUUUUCCAAUAAAUUGAAAACAAAAAACUUUCAGCCCCAUAAAAUUAUUUAAUUCCAAUUGUAAAACUAAUUGGCCCUUAAGAAAAUGUCAGUGUUUGUGCAGAAAUAGUAAUUAAAAUUGCCAGUACAUAAAAUACAGGAAAAAGACCUUUGGAGAAAAUUACCUGGUUUUUAAUGAAUAAAUCAGAAAUUUCUAAUAAUUAAGUACUUCAUUUCCUAGAAAAUAUCAUAUAAGAAACUAAUAAAUAAUAAAGACUUUAUUUACAAAUUCCAGCCUUAAAUUUAGAUGAGUUUACAGUUUAUAUUUUUAAAGUUUCUUUCUAGAAUUAUUUAGGUUAGGAAGGGUAUUCUAUUUACUAAUUUAAAACGAGUUCUACUGAGUCCCCUUUUAUUUAAAUUGAUUAAGAUAGUCCACUGACUGUUAUUACUCGAAACCCAAUUAAUAUAGUUGCUAAAGUUGCACACUUGAAAUGUGAUGCGGGAAAAAUUAUUGAAAUAAAAGACGAAAUGAAAGUUAUCUGGUUAUAAACAACUGGAAAACCUCAAAUAAUAAAAUAAAUAGAAUAAAUUAAAUCCCCCGAAAAUAUUAUUAUAGUCCAAGAAAUACCCCACUUUACAUUAUUACCUGAAUAAAUUUACAAUAUACAGGCUAUUGCCUAAAUAGUAGUUAAUGGUAAUACAUUAUAAUCCAUUUCAACUUUACAAAUAGUUGCAUUACCUUCAAAACUUAUUUCUUAUAUUGAAGGAGGUAAUAGAAUUAGUGGAUUCGCAAAUACUUUAAUAGUACAAGGAUAUGGAAAAGAUCCUGAUAUUUUUAAUGAAGAAGAUUCUUUAAAAGACCUAAAUUACAUUUGGAAUUGUAUAAAUUUAAAUACAGGAGAAUAAUGCAAUAUAACUUUAGUUAAUUAAAAGUAAAUAAUUGUCCCUCCAAAAAUAUUACUUCCAUAUAAUGCAUAUGAAUUUAAGCUUACAAUAACUAAAGGAUAAAGAUCUGAAUCAUCUAAAGUAACAAUAUUAAUUAGUGAGCUAGAUCUCCCUAAAUUAGAUUUAGAUAUUCCUCUUCAUUUAAUGAAUAAAAAAUUAAACUUAGACGAAGAAAUAAAGCUUGAUUUAAAAUAUAAAAAUGCAUCACCUGAUAAUCUUUAUUAUGCUGGAGUUCUUAUUUAUGACUUUAAUAAUGUAGCCACAAUAAGAUUUGAUUAUUUAACAUUCAAAUUCAGAAUAUGGAAUUAUUUCAAUAAGUUUACUAAAUCAAAUACUAUUUCUUUCAGAGCUAGUUUAAAUUCAUUAACUGAUUUUAGAACUUUACAAAAUUUCUAAUCUGUAUUACCACCUGGAAAAUUAGAAUAGUUCCCAAGUUCUCUAUUAGAUAAAGAUAUGCCUUUAGACUUUGAUAAUAUUGAUAAAUAGAACUACAUAAUGAUUGUUUUUAGUAUAAUUGAUGGUUUAGGAGGAAUAAGGAAUAUUACAAAAGUUAUUCAUGUAAACGAAAACAAAGAUUUUAAUGAAAAGAAUCUAUUAGAUAUAUGGGAUAAAUAAAAAGGUACAAUCGAAUCUGAAAUAUUUCAAAUGAUUAAGGUCAAAAAUAUGAAUCCUAAGAACCUUUUAGUUAUUCUUUUCCUGUAACAUCUUAAGUGA